AUGUACCACCCUACCUGUCACCCUCCCAUCCCCAACAUCAUGUACCACACCUACCUGUCACCCUCCCUCCCCACAAUCAUGUACCGCCCUACCUGUCACCCCUCCCUCCCCAACCAUCAUGUACCACCCUACCUGUACCACCCUACCCUCCCUCCUCCACCAUCAUCCCUCCCCAACAUCACCACCCUACCUGUCACCCUCCCUUUCCUCGACCAUCUACCUGACCAUCAUGUACCACCCCUAUCUGUCACCAUCCCUCCCCAAUCAUCAUGUACCAAUUCUACCUGUCACCCCUACCUGUCACCCUCCCCUCCCCCACCAUCAUGUACCACCCUACCUGUCACCCUCCCUCCCCAACCAUCACGUACCGCAUGUACCGCCUCCCACCUGUCACCCUCCCCUCCCCACCAUCAUGUACCGCCCUACCUGUCACCCUCCCUCCUCAACCAUCAUGUACUGCCCUACCUGUCACCCCUCCCUCCCCACCAUCAUGUACCACCCUACCUGUCACCCUCCUCUCCCACCAUCAUGUACCACCCCACCUGUCACCCUCUCCUCCCCCACCAUCAUACCACCCUACCUGUCACCCCUCUCCACCAUCUUGUACCACCCUACCUGUCACCCUCCCUCCCCUCCUCAACCAUCAUGUACCACCCUACCUGUCACCCUCCCUCCUCGACUAUCAUGUACCGCCCUACCUGUCACCCUCCCUCCCCAUCAUCAUGUACCACCCUACCUGUUACCUCCUCCUCCCCCACCAUCAUGUACCGCCUCUACCUGUCACCCUCCCCAUCAUGUACCACCCUACCUGUUAUCCUACCCCGCACACAGGUACCCCCACCCGUUACCCUCCCUCGCCACCUCAGGUACCACCCCAACCCGUUACCCUCCCUCUCCGUCUACAUGUACCACCCCUACCUGUUACCCUCCCUUGCCACCCACAGAUACAACCCUACCUCUUACCCUCCGUCGCCACCAAAGGUAUCACCCCUACCUGUUUCCCUCCCUCGCCUACCCAGAAACACCGACCCAAGUAGUUACCUGACCACGCCCUCCACCAGCAGACCCUCCCUUGCUCACACCUUGGCACUGUAA